UCCAAACAAAUAGAAGAGCUGCGAUACGGUAAGGCAGGGCGUUGCGGUAAGAUUCAAUGUAAAGAGCAAUUUAUGUUGUGCUUCAACAUCAAAAUCAUUGAAACACAAAUAGGUGGAAUUAAAAAUGAAAGGUACACACCUGAUUGCGUUGUCAGCGCUCGUAUCUGCAACAGUCACUGCCUCACACCAAGAUGUUAUUGACGAUAUUCUCAAAAGGUUGGACAAGGCGACAUUUUUCUUUGAAAAUCAGUUCAGACACAUAAAUCUGGACGGAGUGGUUGGAUACAUAAUUCUGCAUGCCGAGCUGAACGAGUCUGUACGGAUAUGGCCAGAUAAAUACCUCCCAAGUCAGCUUUCAACUGCUGCGAGUGUGGCCCAGAGACUUGACCAAAGCAUCACCCAGGCUGUCAGUGCACUCCAGAGGACUGAUCCCAAGUACUUCAGAGAAUUUGAACCUUUGCUUGAUACAUCCUUCUGGAGGGUUCCCUAUGAGUGGAGCACUUCAGACCCUGCACUGGCCUACUCAGCCUUCCGAUCCAUGGAGUGCUAUGACGAACAACUCAGCGACAAGUGCAUCACUCUGCUCCUGGGAACCUGGAAAGAUAAUGGAACUCCCUGCAUGGUCACAAAGCCCUGCCUUGACACAAUGACGAGGUUUGGCUGUCCUCAUUAUUCCCUGUCCCAUCAGCUACUCUAUUUCAUGAUUGGGACUAUGAGAGGAUGCUCCAACAUCCUGCAGGGGGAGAGGAGAGAGUCCCGAGCCAACAUGACUGAGAGAGACUACCAGAAGAUCUUCUGUUCUAAUAUGAGGAAGAGCAAUGAAGAGUUUGUAAGGAAAGUCUUCCCUGGUCAAACACGGGAUAUCUUCAUAGAGAACAUAAUGCUGUGUGGUUUGGCUGGCUUCUCUGACUUUUACAAAUCCGAAUGGCUACGGCAUAUUUUGUUAUGGCAAGACCCUGAAGUUGGGUGUUUUGGGAAGGAUGAGCAGGACAUCUUACAAGGUCUUGGUGAGGAGCAGGUGGAAACGCUAAAAGUUCAUAAAAGGGUUAAGAGAAGAGAAAAAACAUUAAGUGAUGGAUGUUCAAGUCACAUGACAGGAGUUGCAGUCAGUGCUCUGGGUGGAUACCUGAACUACUACCUGACAGAGCAAGACAUCACAAAAAGACCAGUGACCUGAGCACCACAACACAGAACACUAAGUAGCU